AUGGCGGGGAUGUUUCAUCACCCGUUUGAGCCGUAUGAUAUUCAAGUGGAAUUGAUGCAGUGCAUCUAUGAUGUGUUGAGUUCUACUGCGAGUACGAACGCAAACGUUCAAAGGAAAAAAAUUGGGAUACUUGAAUCUCCAACGGGCACGGGGAAAACUCUCUCGUUGAUCUGUGCUUCCCUAUCUUGGCUAAGAGAUAAUAAACUGAAACUUUUAAGUUGUGGUGAUAAUGUGGGCGGUGAGAACUCUGAUUCUGACUCAGAGGAUGAGCCCGAGUGGGUUAAGGAAACGUUUCAGAAAAAACAAUUGCAGGAUAAACUUGGUCUUUUGGACGAGUUCGAAAGGCAUCUUGAUAUAAUAGGGAAACAGGGUGACACACCAUCUGCUAAACACCUGGAGAGGCCCACGAAGACUAGGAAACUAAAACACGUCGCAGUGAAGAUUGAAGAGGAGGAUUACUUACCCAAACCGUACGAGGAAGACGGUCCAGAGUCCUCGCAGGAUGAUAAAAAUUUACAGCUCAACAAGGAGGUCGCUCAUUUACUGGCGAAAAUCGACGCCUCUCACGGUAAUAAGAAUCCACAAGACAACAACCCCUUUGCUACCGCUUCAGUGAACCCUGUCAAAAUCUUUUUCGCCUCCAGAACACAUUCACAAUUGAACCAAUUUGCAUCACAGUUACAGUUACCAAAGUUCCCGUCCUCAUUCCCGGACAGUGUCCCCAACGAGAGAGUGAAAUUCCUCCCACUAGCAUCAAAGAAGCAACUCUGUAUUAACCCGGAAGUGACAAAAUGGGGUACUUUGGAAGCAAUAAAUGAUGCAUGUUAUGAGGUUAGACAUUCACCCAAGGGGUGUCCCUACUAUCAGAACACCACAGAAUGGCAUUACUCAAAAGAUACCACUUUCUUCAAGGAUAAACUCUUUGAGUCCGUUCAUGACAUUGAAAACCUUGUAGAAACAGGGCAACACUUACGAGUCUGUCCAUAUUAUGCAUCUCGGGACACACUCCCGGGGAUGGAAGUGAUAACUCUACCGUACCAGUACCUGUUGUCCGAAUCAACGCGGGAUAUCAUGGGGAUUGAUUUAAAGGACAGUAUCGUGAUCAUCGAUGAAGCUCAUAAUUUGGUUGACACAGUCAAUAGUAUUCAUUCGGCAAAAGUUACUUUGGAUGACUUAAUCACCUGUGAAAACGGUAUCCGUCACUACUUACAGAAAUUCAAACUCAGAUUAAACCCAGGGAACCGGGUCAAUCUGUUGAAACUAUUGAAGCUGAUAUCUACAAUCUCCCAAUAUAUCAAGUCUAAUUUCAAAAAACCAGGACAAAAAGUUGACGCAAAUGAUAUAUUAGGUGACUCCAAUGCCGAUAUCCUCAACAUCCAUAGAUUGAUCAAGUACAUUCGUGUCUCAAAAGUGGCCUACAAGAUUGAUACAUAUAUCAAAGCAUUAGAUAAAAAGACUGCCGAUGACUCGCCAACGGAUAAACCAGGGCCAACAACUUCCUCCCAGCCAUUGCUCUUUAAAGUGGUCUCGUUCCUUACAUGCUUGACCAACCCGGCAAGCGAAGGUCAGUUCUUUUUUGAGACUGGGCCCUCCAUGGAGUACAUGUUGCUAGAACCCAGUAAACAAUUUGAGUCAAUCAUCGAAGAUGCAAGGUGUGUCUUCUUGGCGGGUGGCACCAUGGAACCAAUUUCUGACCUGACAGAGAAUUUGUUCCCCCUCGUACCGAAGGAGGAAAUCAGCAUAUUUCAAUGUAAUCAUAUUGUUCCUGAUGCCAACGUCGAAACGUUCGUGAUUAACGAACCAGGACUGGAGUUUACUUUUGCAAACAGAGGGAACAACACACUGAUCAAUAUACAGUUGUUUUCCUUCUAUAAAAAGUUGUCAAAAACAGUCCCCCUAAGCGGCGGUAUCGUUGGCUUCUUCCCAAGCUACCAGUUCCUACAGAAUAUCAUUGACCAGUGGAAAGAAAAUGGUAUUUUCGAUGAAAUGAACAGGACGAGGAAGAUAUUCUACGAGUCCAAAAACGGGAAGGAUCCAUUGAAUGACUACACUACCGUGGUCACAAAUCAAGAUCCGAAAGUGGGCGCCAUUUUGUUUGCUGUUGUCGGUGGACGACUUUCGGAAGGUAUAAACUUUCAGGACAAUCUUUGUAGGGCGGUGGUUAUGACUGGCCUACCAUUCCCCAAUCUGGCGAGUGGGGAGCUACAAAUCAAAAAAUUGCAUUUACAGGAAAAGGUUAAGAAGCGUGGCGGUGACACGAAGCAGGCAACGAAGGAUUUCAUUGAAAAUAUAUGCAUGAAAGCUGUGAAUCAAAGUGUUGGUAGGGCCAUUCGACAUAUGAAUGACUACGCCAAUAUUUAUCUAUUAGAUAACAGGUACAGCAAUGAAUCCAUCAGAGGGAAACUAUCCUUGUGGGUGAGAAGAAGAAUCCAACCUCAAACAUCCCUCGAUGGCGUGAUUACUGAAACCACAAGGUUUUUCACAGAGAAGGAAAAAUAA